UACAAGCUGACUGGGAGCUUUUCUGAAGUUGACUACUUACUCAGUACUUACUUACGUUGACUUCUCACUCACUGCAGUAUAUUGUGACAUUACGGAAUAGACUAUAUUGUAUAUGAAAAGAUGUAACGUUUCACACUCAUUGCUUAGGCUGUCAGUAAGGGGUUGAAACGAUACCUCUGUCGUAUACAAACACAAAGAAAGGCACAGGAUAGUCUACGUACGUCAGGAUUCUGUACAGCAAAGGUUACAUUUACAGACAACUUUCAAGGAAGAAAAAUGGAGAACGAGCAACAAGGAGCGAUUGGUGGUGAAGACACUGUCGAUGACAGGGUAAUGGAAGAAGGAGCGGUUCUUUUCAGGGGAUAUGUUGUUGAGAUGGUAAACAAUCAUGAUCCACAAAUUCACCUGGUUCCUGAAGAUCUGGGUGGGAGACCAAACGAAGGACAGGAACCUCAAGUGAAAGAAGUCGUUUCACAUUUACGGAAGAUUGCUGAUGAGUUGAACAGGAAUGCUGAGCUGGAGCGCCUCAUUGACAAUGUUGAGUUUGAUUCUGCCCAGGAUCUUUUCUUCACUGUGGCAAAGCAGAUUUUCUCUGAUGGCAUUAACUGGGGAAGAGUGGUUGCUCUUUUUCAUUUUGCUUACAAACUCAUAUAUAAGGCCCUGACCCAAAACCACAGAGACAUUAUUAGGAGGAUCAUUGGCUGGGUGUUACAGUUCAUCAGAGAAAAUGUUUCCUAUUGGAUAAGACAGCAAGGAGGAUGGGAAGGUGUGGUGAAGAGCGUGCUACGCUGGCAAAGUGUGACCAUCUUUGCUGCAGGUGUCCUCACUGGUGCACUGUUAUAUUGGAAGAUGGCCAGCUGAUCUCAUGGGUCAUAUCAAAACACAGUAAAGCAACUCAAAGUAUUUAUUACACUGUACUUUUAAGCAGGGAAACUAUCUGUGAAGAUAAAAGAUUGGAUAAGACUAAGGCCUAGAUUCAUAUUACUAAUACAUAUCUAACUCUAA